CUUCGUUUUUUUUUUUUUAUAAUAAUGUGAGGAGAUGUAAGAGAAGUAAAGUAGAGUGUGUCUGAGUGAAGUUGAAGCUCUUAAAAAAAAUCAUCACACUGUAAUGUGACUGUGUUAGCUCCGACAGAGAAAGAGAAGGAGCCGUCGUUACUUUUUCUGCGCAUCGGAACGUUAGGUGAGGAGGUCAAAGCUUCAACAACGAAGAAGAAGAAGUAGAAGCUUCAGCUUCAGCUUCACCUCUCGUUGUUAGUUACAAGUAAAGUUGGGGGCAGAGCCGCAGAGGCAGCUGCACAUGGCGGCCACUCGCUUCGCUCUCAUCAUCUUUGCGGCUUCGCUUUUCCUUAUGCUUCUUCCAGAUUGCUGCUCUGGGAGCUUUAUUGGGAUCUGCUAUGGAAGAAAUGCUGAUGACCUCCCUACACCUGAUAAGGUGUCUCAGUUGGUUCAGCUUCAUAAGAUCAAAUAUGUCAGGAUUUAUGAUUCCAACAUACAGGUCCUCAAGGCCUUUGCAAACACCCCUGUUGAGCUUAUGGUAGGGGUUCCCAAUUCUGAUUUGCUCUCACUCUCCCAGUUCCAGUCUAAUGCAGAUACUUGGCUCAGAAACAGCAUCCUUCCUUACUAUCCGGCCACAAAGAUCACAUACAUUACUGUAGGUGCCGAAGUCACCGAAAGUCCCAAUAACGCCUCUAUGUUUGUAGUGCCUGCCAUGACCAAUGUCCUUACAGCACUCAAGAAAGUUGGGCUGCACAAAAAGAUAAGGGUAUCCAGUACCCAUUCUCUGGGAGUUCUGUCCCGAUCGUUUCCACCUUCGGCUGGAGCUUUUAAUAGCAGCCAUGCAUAUUUCCUAAAGCCAAUGCUAGAAUUUCUUGCUGAAAACCAGUCACCGUUUAUGAUUGAUAUGUAUCCUUAUUAUGCUUACCGAGAUUCCCCAAAGAAAGUGCCUUUAGACUAUGCACUAUUUGAGGCAUCCUCUGAAGUUAUUGAUCCAAACACUGGUUUGCUGUACACAAGUAUGUUUGAUGCACAGAUUGAUGCUAUUUACUUUGCGCUGACGGCCCUAAACUUCCGAACGAUUAAGAUCAUGGUGACUGAAACAGGUUGGCCUUCCAAAGGGUCGCCUAAGGAGACGGCUGCAACUCCUGAUAAUGCACAGAGAUAUAAUGCUAAUCUGAUAAGGCAUGUUAUCAACAACACUGGCACCCCUGCAAAGCCUGGGCAGGAACUAGAUGUCUACAUUUUUUCAUUGUUCAAUGAAAAUAGGAAGCCUGGUUUAGAAUCCGAAAGGAACUGGGGAUUAUUUUAUCCAGACCAGACAAGUGUGUAUAACCUGGAUUUCACUGGAAGAGGUGCUGUUGACAUGACUACCUCGGCUAAUAUAACCAGAUCAAAUGGAACAACAUGGUGCAUUGCUUCAAGUAAAGCCUCACAAAUGGACUUGCAGAAUGCUGUAGAUUGGGCUUGUGGUCCUGGCAAUGUGGAUUGUACGGCCAUUCAGCCUAGCCAACCUUGUUAUGAGCCAGAUAACCUUGUCUCGCAUGCUUCAUACGCUUUUAAUAGCUAUUACCAGCAAAAUGGGGCUUCUGAUGUUGCCUGUAGCUUUGGAGGGACAGGUGUUAAGGUUGAUAAGGAUCCAAGCUAUGACAACUGCAUCUACAUGAGAGCUGGAGGCAAUAACAAAACUGUGACAGGUAAUACAACAGCAAUGUCUUCAACUUCAUCUACAGCACAUAAAGGAAGUUCUUCAUUAAUUUAUGGUUUUGUUCUUGUAACUUCGCUCUCCAUUCUAUUGAAUAUUCAACGGUACUGAAAAGCUUGAUUAUAGCAUGAUUUUGCCAUGUUGUGAUAGAUGUAUGCUGCAUUUGACAUGCAGGGGAGGUAGUUGUUAUUAUAAUACAUCAUAAAAGUGUAAACUCCUUUGCUGGUUGUUAUAUAAGAAUAAGAAAAAGGGUUUCUAAGUUCAACGUAA